AGCGGAGGCUCCAAAGGAGGGGAACCUCAUGUGAGGAGCCGGACACGACACGUCCCACGCCACAACCUCCACGCUGCUUUUUCAUUGCGUGUGUGUGGCGCGUGUGUGUGUGUGGAAGGUGUUGGAGGAAGGGGACAACUUUGAUCCGAGGCCAAGUGUGUGUGCGCGCGCGCGUGUGUGUGUGUGUGCGUGCGUGCGUGUGUGAGUGUCCUCCCGCCUUGAGAAUGAUGACGGUGAAGGCUGGCGGAGACACAUGAUGUCCCUUUUGUCCUUUUCGGCUCUUUUUCUCACAUUUCCCCUCUCGCAAUUCGCCAUUCGCGUCUGAAUGUGACGAAGCGCAUUGUUGUUUCCACCUCCUCUUUUUUUGUAUGUGGGAUUUCCAGCCGCGAUGUCUGCUGCAACAUUUCGCUAUUUGUUCCUGGUUCUACUCAGUCCGCUGUCAGGGGGCGCCCAGACAGAGAUGAAGAAGGUUGUCGGGGACAACGCCACCUUACCAUGCCACCACCAGUUCCAGUCGUCCAGCUCUAUUGACAUCGAGUGGCUCCUGCAGAAACCAAACUCCAAACAGAAAGUGAUCAUUACGUUCUUCAACAACCAUGUGUACACCAACGAGGCGACGGGCACCGAUGCCAGCCGUCUGUCCUUCGCCGGGGAGUACCUGGGGGGCGACGCCUCCCUGCUGAUCAGUGACCUGCUGCUGACCGACUCUGGAGAGUACUACUGCAAGGUCAAGACCGGGGGGUUGUAUCACUGGAGCCAGGUCAACCUCAUUGUGCUGGUGAAGCCCUCAAAGCCCAGGUGCUGGAUGGAUGGCAAGCUCCUGGAAGGCAGCGACGUCAAACUGAGCUGCAAGUCCAGUGACGGUUCCGACCCCAUCAACUACAAAUGGGAGCGAGUACUGGACAAAGGCAAGAGUCUGGGCAAGCUGCCAAACCUGGCGCUGAUAGAUCUAAAGAACCCAGAGAUCGUCACCCUGAGGAACCUCACCAUGGACAGCACAGGUGUCUACAGGUGCACGGCCAGCAAUGACGUGGGAGAGGAGAACUGCACCAUUGAGGUCACCAUGCAGCACGUGAGGGAUGUAGGUAAGGUGGCCGGUGCCAUGGUGGGAAUCUCCCUUGGCGUGCUCAUCGUCAUAUUGAUCGUCUGGCUGGUCUUCCGAAAGAAAGAGAAAAAGAAGUACGAGGAAGAGGAGACUCCAAAUGAGAUCAGGGAGGAUGCAGAGGCUCCCAAGGCCAAGCUGGUGAAACCAAACUCCCUGUCCUCGUCUCGCUCCGGUAGCUCACGCUCAGGCGCCUCCUCCACCCAGUCGAUGGUGCACAACAGUGCCCAGCGCGGCCACCGCCCCCGCCCGCCCGCCGUGGCGGCGCUCAAGGAAAACGGGCAGCCUCCCGGCUUCCCCCAGUCGCCUCCAGCCUAUGCCACGGUGGUCCCGCCCAAGACCCCCGAGCCCCCUACCACUCCCAAAUACAACUCCAGGAAUACGUCCGGGCCGACACCCCCAACCCUCAUGGUACCCGCCCAGACCAAAGCCUUUCAGACUGUGUAGGACUGAAAGCUCACUCCUACCUGCAGCCAUGCCAGACUCCCGUCCCUUGAAACCCCUUCAACCCUGCACCCACCCUCCCAAAGACUGAGUCUCUUCCAUAAACACAGAAAUGCAACUAGUUAAAAGGAUGUAAUUAAAAAAUCAAUACUUUAAGUCCAAAAGUACUUCUAAUGAAUGCAUAACUUAAAGGGAAAUAUGAAAUGCUAGCACCUGCUGAAUUCCAUGAGAACAGUGACACUGUUUGUGUUGUGGCUCAUGUACGGCAAGCUGGAAGGACCCCCUAGUCAAGUAUUUAUCUAAUCACAAUUUUAGGCAUGUAACAGAAAUGGGGCAAAAGGAGGAUGACACAUUCAAAGACGAUAAAGAUGAUGAAGUUGGCCAUUAGAGACGAUGAUGGCGGCUUCGGUUUUCUUGGAUUCUUCCAGCACCUGCUCCCAAAUCCCAUUUGACUCCCGUGUGUGUAAGUGUGUGUGCAUCACCCAACCUCUGGAGCCCUCAUGGAACCUCCUCAGACUGACUCAUCUGACUGAACGGCCCAUGUGCUCUACCACCAGCAGGGCAAUCUUCAGGUAAAGAUGAAGCAACCGCGGAGUGGAGGCUUCUACUCCUACGGGCACUCUUUUUCUGGGUACUGCGCACCUUACUUCAAUUAACGUAGUAUACUUAUUAGGCCUAUAGACAAACCAUGCUUCCAAUAUAGGGGAUAAGCAUCUAUUAGUGCAGUUUUUGUUUUUCAUUGUGUAUCUUCUAGGGGUGUAACGGUAUGUCAUAAUCACAGUUUGGUAUGGACCUCGCGUUUAAGAGCACGUUUCAGUUCUUGUUUUUGGUACAGUAAGGGAUUCUCCUUGGCACAGAAAGGCUGCGCUGCACUGUAUUCGUUUACAGAGUAGACACACGACUAUAUUGCGAGGCAGUCCCUCGCGUAAUGCGUACUGUGUGGAACUCUUUACGUCUCUGUGCCAUACCAAAUGUUCUGUUCCAAAGAAAUCAGAUUAGGAAUCCAUGUACCGUUACACCCCUGGUCUCUUGUAUUCAGCUGGACAUAAGAAGAAGUGCCACCGAUCCUGAGAAUGGGUUGUUUUAUUUAGAUUUUUGUUGAACUGCUGCAUUUCAGAAGCCAAAUCGUGUCACCAUGAAUGUGUGAUGGAUGAGAAUGGAUGGCGUGGUUGUAGUUCCCGCUAAGGUACACAAAGGGCCUGAUCUACUGAAGGUUUGCGUGUAUAAAAACAUGUGAAAACUUGAUAGUGCGCUCAAAGCUGAUCUCAAAUGUGCAAAAUAGCACCUGCAAUCCAUUUCAGGUGUUUGCUUCAUGAAUAUGUAGAAUACAUGCAGAUUAUGAGAACACAAAAUACUGGGAAAGACGAGAUGAACACAUAAUUAUUGAGCACCUAAUGUAAUAGUAAUAGCAGUAAAAGUAAUAUUAAUUAUUUGCGGUCGGUUUUGUGAAGUCUAUAUUUAGCACCUUUGAAAGGCGGGUGCAAACUGGCACAAAUGGCUGCAGGCAGUUGUGGCGAGAAGGAGACAUAGCUAAAAUGAUAGAUGAUGGAGAGAAUCUUCCGUGCGUGUAUCAACAUAAUGGAGUAUCACAAAUAAAAAUCAAAUAACCACUAAUGUAGCGUUAUUAUGAUUAUGCAUUGUCUUUGCCUGACUUCACUAGUGUGUUUAUUCGCAUCCUUCUCCAAGACCUCCAACUCCCUGGCUUUAGACGUCAUUUUUCAUUCACGUUUUCCUUUACUGCUCUCCUGGAAUGUCCAUGCUGACAGCUGGUGGCAGAUGCAAAAUUCUCAUUUAAAUACAGCUGUCUGGACCACUAUUGCACCGCUUAAAAAUUGCGCAUUCAAUCAUGGUAAUAAUAGUAAAAUUACAUGGGAUUUUUUAGUUUGCUGACGUAAUUUUGCGCUCAUUAUUUGGGAUCUCAGUAGAUCAGGCCCUAAGAAUCUUUUCACGGCAUUUCUGAUAGACGUGAAGGCGGAAAAGAAUGAAAGUCUGAUGAGUGCUGUUCUAAAGAGGGUGUAUGCUGUCAUUGUCUCCGUGGAUCCAUAACAAUGGAGUGGCACUCGAUGGUUCCUCUUGGUUAUUGGUCCGUCCGUGCUAUCAGCGGAUCCCCCCUUUGUCACGUCCUCACACAUACCCAGUGCAGUUUGAUUGAAAGUAGCUGAAAAAAUAGGGCAAGUAGCCUAUCUAUCUAGUGUGCCUUUGCAAUCCUGUCUCCUUUCGCUUUCUUUUUGUCCUUAUCUCACUCGGCUUAGAAGGUCAAUUGCAGCAAAUAUUGACCCAGCUUCAAUAACUUCGCCUCGGAGGCAGCCCAAAGUGGGGGGUGGGAAGGGUGGGAUGAGGAGUACAUAGCAGCGUCCAAUCCCAUGCCACGGGACAAUGUACUGUACAUUCUGUAAUCAGUCUUGUUUUUGUAUUGUACAUACAGAUAGAUAUAUGCACAUGAUGUCAAUGAAUUUAACAAAUAAGGGUAGAUGUGCUCCCUAACACUGUUCACUGUCAAAUGGAAGACCCAAAGGUGAAUUUAAAUCAUGCUAUGUGGUGUUCUAAGUGAAUAAGAGACAGGAAAAUAGCAAGCUAUGCGAACCUUAGACCCAGCUGACAGGAACAUAGCGACACAAAUGCAUUGCAUUUGAGUGAAGUGACCCUUGACCACUGGCUGCGCCAGAUCAACCCGUUGCUUUACCAUCUGCUAACCUGUCCGACUGAGAUUUUGUGAUUGGAUUAAUAUUAGAAAAGGUAAUAAACUGUUUUGCAAGAAAGGUGAGACAAUAUCAGCUAGAACGGAACCUCCAAAGCACAAAGCACAAUCCAACUCCCUGUUUGUUUCCAUUUAAAAACAAAUGUUCCCAUUGAGAUCAAUUAUAAUUGAAAUAUUAAUCAGUUCCCAAAAAAUGCAAAAAAAAUGGUGAUGAAGGAGAACAAGUGUCUCCUAUAGUUACUUCUCGGCAUUAAGAGACACAUUUUAUCCAAGAGGAGACUGAGGGCAGCAGGAAAAUGUAGCACUGCCGCAAAGUAGAGACUGUAAGUUAAGCAGACCAAUUCUAUCCAAAAGGAGACUAAGGACAGCAGGAAAAUGUAGCACUUCCACAAAGUGGAUGCUGUGAAGUAUAAUGCUGUACAUUAGGUAGACAAAUCUAUCCAAAAGGAGACUGGGGGCAGCAGGAAAACACACCACUGCAGCAAAGUGGAUACUGUGGAGUAUGACGCUGCACGUUAAAGAAGACAAAUUUUAUCCAACAGAAGACUGAGGGCAGCAGGAAAACUGAAUGCUGCUGCAAAGUGGAGACUGUGCAAUAUAAUGCUGUACAUUAAGUAGACAAAUCUAUCCAAAAGGAGACCGGGGGCAGUAGGAAAACACAGCACUGUAGCAAAGUGGAUACUGUGGAGUAUAAUGCUCCACAUUAAGGAGACAGAUUGUACCCAAAAGGAGACUGAGAGCAGCAGGAAAAUGUAGCACUGCAGCCAAGUUGAGACUAUGGAGUAUAAUGCUGCACAUAAAGGAGGAAAGCUUUAUUCGAGAGGAGACUGAGGGCAGUGGUAAAUGGCCUUCUGCAGCAAAGCGAAGACUUUGGAGAAUCAUACAGCGGAAUUCAGAGCUAAGCAGAGCAACAAGGCAAGCUAACAUUAGCAUGUGUGUUUAUGAGCAACCUGCAGUGGUAGCCUUCUUAUGCCCGUGGAAAAGCAUCCUUAUUUUUAAAUGUUUGACUUUGGAGGUUCCGCCACACGGGCCUUUAGUCUUGUUGCGGAAGAUGGAAAAUGUCACACAAGAUUUAAACACAAAAUUACAACAAAAAAAAGAUUUCAAAAUGUGGGACUUCACUGACUCGUAAGGGAGGGAAAAAUGCCUUUUAUAUUCAACUUCACUUCAUAUUUGACCAGGGAAGCUUACUGAUGUGAGAGUGUCUGCAUGUUAGUGCAAAUGUGUGUGUGAGCGUGUAUGGUGUGUGUGCAUGUUAAUUCAGUAAAAGCCCUCAGGCCACACCCACACACUCUACUGUUGGCCAUUGAGUGGGCGAGAGGUGGGGGGCCAAGGCUUUGUUUAACAAUGAUAUGGAUGCAGACUGGCAGCAUUUCUUUUCAUUGACUCAUAAGCCAGUUGAAGCUGGCCUCACAGGCGGCGCCCCUGUUGGAAUCUUGAGUCAUGUACAUAAUUCAUACUGUUGGUGCCCUCCUUGCUUGUGCAGACCCAUAAAUAAGACCAUACGCACGUGCAAACACUAUACAGUUUGCAUGUGGACAAAAGUGUUGAGACACUCAUCGAUUGUUGAGUCAGAGGACGAAAGUACAUGGCUGAUGGCCUCGGAAAUACAUUACAAUGGAAUAUGCUGAAAACUAACAAUGUUUUUUUGUUUUGUUUUUUAUUAUUUUACCAAAUUACUUACUGCAAUUAUUAUAUAAGGACUUUACAUUCGUUUCCAUGGAAUAGUGUAAUCAAGAUAUACCUAUAUCAUGUUUUAAUUGACAUUUUAUAUUUAUAUUGGGUUGGGUGACAUCAAAUUUCAUCGUUUCUUUUAAGCGGGGGCACAGCCCAAGCAGGGACCCCCGACUUGGAGCGGCGUUCCGCGUCUGCAGUGUGGAACUUUCCGAUUUCCCAGUUUGCUGGAACACAGCAUUAAUCUUCCCAGUAUGUUUUUGACAAUUUUGUAUGGAGUUAGGCUCUUUUCUUGUGCUCCAGUUCGUAAAGCAAGCUUCAUAAAGCCAGCCUUGGAUGACAGGAACAGAGAUGGGUCAUUCUCUCAAAACAGUCCUGCAGAAAGCUGCAGAAACUCUGCAUUUCCUUUCAUUUUAAAUGACACCCAAUGGGGUGUAAAUGUCAUUUGUGGCGCCCCCUAUGGGUUGGCCAAAAUGCUUUGCUAGUAAUGAUCCCAUACGUACGACGGAGUAUUAGGGCCACAGUGAAAAAAAAUAAUAAUCUGAGACUUUGAGAAUAAAGUCGUAAUUUUACGUGAAAAAAAGUCGUAAUGUUACCUCUGUCCAAGGCCAAAGGUCACCACGUCCCCCUUUUUAUAGCUGUCUCAGGCAACGGCUGUAACAUGAAGUUACAAAUUCUUUCUCGUAGAUUUAAGACUUUAUUCUCGAGAAAAAAAGGCUUAGAUUUCCAAGAAAAAAGUCCUACAUUUACGAGAGGAAAGUCGUAAAUUUACGAGAAAAAAAUCGUAACUUUAUGUUACAGACAUUGCUUGAGACAGCUAUGAAAAGGGGGGACUUAUGUGACCUUUGGCCUUGGGCAUGUGGAGGGGGCGGGGUAAGGAGAAGUGCGAAGGGCUAGCCAUGCUAAUCUGUUUGUGCGCAACUGCUCUGUUUUGCUGCCACAUUAUCAAUAAAAGCUUGUCUGAAGCAAGAGGAAAGUUUCCCAUUUUCCCUCUGACACGUAUGACACGUAAUAUUACGACUUUAUUCUUGUAAAUUUACGACUUCAUUGUCGUAAUAUUACGACUUUAUUCUUGUAAAUUUACGACUUGAUUCUCGUAAUAUUACGACUUUUUCCUCAUACAUUUGCGACUUUAUUCUUGUAAAUGUACGUCUUUAUUCUCGUAAAUUCACGACUUUAUUCUCAAAAUCUCAAAUUUUUUCAAUGUGGCCCUGAUACUCGCAAAUUUAUAACUUUUUUUUCAUAAAUUUACAACUUCAUUCUUGUAAAUUUACAACUUACUUUAUUCUUGUAAAUUUACGACUUUUUUCUUGUUAAUUUACGACUUUCCUCUCGUAAAUGUAUGACUUUUUCUUGGAAAUGCAAGCCUUUUUUUCUCAAGAAUAAAGUCUUAAAUCUACGAGAAAGAACUUGUUAAUUCAUGUUUUUUUUGUGUGUUAUUUUACGAAUUUAUUCUCGUAAAUUGACUACUUUAUUCUCAAAAUCUUAGAUUAUUAUUUUUUUUAAUGUGGCUCUAAUACCCUGUCGUACAUACGGUACAUUAAUUGCAGAUAUCCUCAAAAUUUAUAAACAUUAGUUGUUGUUUUUGUUGAUGGCGGCCAUGUUUUUUGACCAAUCUUGUUCAAAUUUUACAAACAAGUGCUUGCCAGUCUCCUAAAAUGUUGUGGUGAUCUGACUAAACACCCUAAAUUAAAAGCGUGUUUUUUGUGACGCGCAUAUUGAGCUGUGUACGAAAUUUCAAGUCAGUACGACUUUGUGGUUUAAUAACAGCACCACCAUGUGGUGUAUUUGUCAGAUAAAUAAUAGCACAGACAACACAGUAGGGGUGCAUGUUUUGACAAUUUUUCACCCUUUUGUGUGCAGCGCUUCAGGAGUAGAAGCUUACACAAAAAAAUACUGUCAGUGUAAAUCAAGGUGUCCCAAUGCUUUUGUCCAUAUCUAACAUUUCCACAACACACACAGAUAUAUAGUCUGCAUAAAUAAAAGCCCAAGCAGCUCCUUGAGGAUCUUUUUUGAUGGAUUGUGUGUCAGAAAAUGGACAUUUUAGUGCAAAUGCAUACAGAAAACGACACACACUCAAACAGACAGACAGCCAUUGCAUCUUAACAGUUCUCCAAGACAGGGAUAUGUCAGAGCGCUGAGAAUCAGGAGGAGCUUCUUCUUAACGCGAUUGAUAUCGAGCCAGGGCUUGUGAGCCAUUGAAAUUCCCUCCACUGCCAAUGAAAGCAACAAUGGCGGCGGUGGAGGAGAGAAGGGAUGCAAGACGUCUUCCAGCACUUCUAAUUCCCCAACUUUCACACAUUUCUAUGAACAGAUUUCCACUUUUUUUUUUUGCCAGCUCCACAAAAGCUCACUCAUGUUCUAGAAGAGUAUUCCAUCAACAAUAUAUGUGUGUUGUCUUAUCAUCAACACUCACGUGUGCAGUAAGCCAUGUUAGCGUUAUCUUGUGUUCUAUCAUAGAUCAUGGAGCCACAAAUGGGGUUUUUUAUCUUCUGUUAAGGCAUUUUUUAUUUUCUAGAGAUGCUCAGACUUUUGGGUGUUCGGAAUGUGAUGAGUGUUUUCCCAAAAAGGGUGCAGAAGCAGACGCGAAGGGACCUGCAUGUCAUACGAAACUGAGCUAACGAAUUGGAAUGCUUUGCUUUGUUGUAACAUACAUGUAUUUGGAUAAGGAAUUUAAAAAAUAAAAGAAAUAAAUCUACAAUUGUAAAUAUAGUCACAAAUACAUUUAUGUAGCUUUAUUUUUGUCUUUUUUUGUGUUAUUUUGAAUUUUCAUUCAUGUACUUUGCACUUUUCUGUGUGCUCCGCUCAUCGCGGGCCUGCGUGGGAUGUGUGCGGUCGGCUGGCUUCUCUCUGACGGCAAGGUUCAAAGGUCAGAAGGGGAGGCGUUCAGCUUCAUAAAGGGACACACUUUUUCUCGUUUCCUUAUUCGAUAAUGGUGUUUCGUUUCUGCAGCUGUUCCUUGUUUCGGUUUUGAGGGGGGGGGAAACUGCAGGAUUCUUUGUUUGAUUGAUGACAAAACAAUCCAUGUAAAUAUCACAAUUUAAAAAUGUAUAUUUUUACGACUUAUGAGUUAUUACUCUUUCAUUUGCAAAUAAACUAU